UACACGUGGUAGCACAUCCGUUCUUAUUUUGUUUUCGCGACCAUUUAGAUGAUGCUCAUGGAUACUGGUGGAAUAUAUUAAUUCGUAGUUUUGUCGAAUAGAUAUCUUUAGUAACAACUCUUUGAUUUAUCCAUGAAGUCCAUUCGGCUGUGGGUCCUGGGUGCGCUGGUUGCACUGGUAUGCAGCGUCCUGGCGGGCGAGGAUUUCUACGAGUUACUUGGCGUGGCACGUGGCGCCAGCGAUAAGGAGAUCAGAAAGGCCUUCAAGAGGCUUGCAGUUACCAAACACCCUGAUAAAAAUCCUGAUGACCCGGAGGCACACAACAAGUUCCUGAAGAUCACACGAGCCUACGAGGUGCUGAAAGACGAGGAUCUGAGAAAGAAGUACGACACUCAUGGAGAGGAGGGUCUGUCAGAGAACUUUGGGCGACCAAAAUAUGAGAGCUGGCAAUAUUAUCAGGAAGAGUUUGGUAUCUAUGAUGACGAUCCUGAAAUCAUCACCCUCAGCAGGGCGGACUUUGAGAUGUCAGUUGAGAGUACAGAUGAUGUGUGGUUUGUGAACUUCUACUCCCCGCACUGCUCCCACUGCCACACCCUGGCACCAACUUGGCGGGAGGUGGCCAGGGAGCUGGAGGGAGUCAUCAGAAUCGGUGCAGUGAACUGUGAGGACGAGUGGCAGCUGUGUAGAAUGCAGGGCAUCCGCUCAUACCCCUCACUCAUGAUGUACCCCAUUAAAGAGAAAUUCCAUGGUGACAAGACGAGAAAGGAGUUGGUGAAGUACGCUUUGCAACACACCAAAGUGAGAGUGUUUGAGCUGUGGUCAGGAAACUUUGAAGGCACUGUAAACCAGAAUGAGAAUGGUCUCCCUUGGCUGAUUUCCUACUGUGGAGAAGGUGGAGAUUGUUUCACAACCAGUACGGCUCUGAAAGUGGCAGGAAUGCUGAGUGAGCUGGUGAAUGUUGGCACGAUGAGUUGCCAUGGUAACAAUGAGAACCUGUGUGAGACCCUGGGUGUGGAGGGUGGCACUGUCUACUACAAGGAUGGGGUCGUGCAGAAAGGGCAGGGAAUGUCCAUCAGCAGUCUGGUUGCCCAGGAGGUGACCAAUCAGGUUCUGUCCCUGUUGCCUGACGUGACUAUCCUUGACCAGGAGAAACUCAAGGAUAUCCGUGAGAAGUUGAAGUCUCGAGAGGAGGGGCCAUGGCUCAUACACUUUGUCGAGGGAGACGAGGGGAGACACCUCGAGCUCCGGAAACUGCCUGCCAUGCUCUCGGAUAUCAAGGUUGGCCGAGUGGACUGUCAGUUGGUGAGGUACAUCUGUAACCAGCUGCACAUUCACAAGUUUCCUAGUUUCCUGGUCUUCAAGCAGUCGGGUGGAUACGAGAUAUACUACGGUCGAGCCACGGCCCAUGAUGUAGCAGCGUUUGCCCGUGACGCCUCAGUGAUCAGGUUGGAAGCCCUGGGACCAGGCGACUUCGAGUCCCGUCGUGUAGGACCUUCCAGUCAACAGGCCUGGUUUAUAGACUUCUUUGCACCGUGGUGCCCACCGUGUAUGAAGCUGCUACCAGAGUUCAGAAAGACGGCCAAAAACUUUGGGGACGUGGUGAACUUUGGCACGGUUGACUGCACCAUCCAUGCAGAUCUGUGUAGAAUGUACAAUGUGCGCUCCUACCCAACAACCAUCUUGUACAACCAGUCCAUACCUCACCAGUAUCACGGUCACCAUAAUGUACACGCCAUGGUGGAAUUUAUUCAGGACACUCUGACACCCCCGGUGCUGACACUGGACUCUACCUCAUUCCAGCAGCUGGUGGUGGGGAAGGGGGAGGAGGAGAUCUGGCUGGUAGAUUUCUACACAGCCUGGUGUGGGCCCUGUCUACAGAUGAUGCCAGAGUGGAACCGGCUGGCAAAGAUGCUGAAGGGCACUGCCAACGUGUUUGUGGCCAAGGUGGAGUGCCAGGAGCAGUCUCAGCUGUGUAACCAGCAGGGCGUCACGUCCUACCCCAGUCUCCGGCUGUUCCCUCCCAGAUCUAGCAGGGGAUCACAUUUUAUCUACAAUGGGUGGCACAGGGAUGCAGAGUCCCUCCAGGCGUGGGCAUACGAGUUCCUACCCUCGGCAGUGGACACCCUCACCUUCCAGUCGUUCUCCAGCCAGGUGAUGGAGGGCAGGGAGGCAUGGAUCGUAGACUUCUACGCCCCCUGGUGUGGACACUGCCAGGUGUUUAAGCCCCAGUUUGAGAGGGUCGCUAAUAGUAUAGAGGGCAUUGCGAGGGCCGGAAAGGUGGAUUGUACACAGGAGCAGCAUCUAUGUCAGAAAGCCGGUGUGAACUCCUACCCCAGUGUGAGGUUCUACCCUGGGGACAGUAACAAUCAGAAUUACUAUGGCUGGGACAUAGUCAGUCAGAAUGCUGAAGAAAUUGUUCAAUUUGUCAAAAACAAUAUACCUAAACAAAAACUGGCUGCUCCUAACCAUGACGAGUUCUGAUUGAAAGUCGCUCCUGUAUGAGAAGAUAUUAGCAAUAAAUAAUGUGAUACGGUUGGCAAUUUACAUUUACUUGUGAGUUUAUUUUAGUUUUACUUUUGUGAUAUGUCUUGCCAUGGCAAUCGCUUCGAUAUUUUGCAUUCUGUUUGUUUAAGGUAUUAAUAUAAUUUGCAACAUUCAGUAUCCUAUAAUAAACUGUGGUCACAUUAAAAAAUGAUUUUUAUAACAUAUAAUCAAUAUUUAUUUUAUUUAUAUUAUCAUAUAAAUUAACAUCAAAGUGUUUGUAGUCCCAUUAAAUUGAAUGAUAUACAUUUCUUACUAUAUUCAAGUUGUAAAGGCUCUGUUUCCAAUUCUUAGAUACUGAUGAGAAGCAAACAGCAUAAAACCUGAACAGACUGCAAGUCACUGAAUUUGCACAUAGCCAUUUUCACUUUGAUUUUGAUUGGGAAAUAGUUAAAUAUCAAAUGAAAUGAAGAUGUUGCAUUUAUGUGUUAUAUGAUCUCCAACUAUUUGUUCUCUGCACGAACUUGUUUUCAAUUAAAUUAUCCACAUUUCACUAAGUGACAAAAGUAUGAAAUACCUGGAAUUAUCCAACAAUUGGUGCAGAAUGUGUUGUAAAAAAGUAUAUUCCGCUUGUAUGAAUUAAUUCAGGCAAUUAUAUUCAUUGAUAUACUGUAUAUUAACCCUUUGCAUGCUGGGAAAUUUUUCAUCUGCUAAAAUGUCGUCUGCUGAAUUUCUAAAAUUAGCAUUUUCUUCGAUUUUUUUCAAAGAAUACUAUCAGAAUAUCAAACAGUUUAGAUCCUGAUGAGAUGCCACGUUCUGUGGCAUCUCAUCUGGAUCCAAACUGUUUGCAAAGGCCUUCAAAAUUCGGUUCCCGCACUGAAAGGGUUAAUUUGUUUUCAUUGACAUGUUAAUAUGAGGUUUCACUUAAUCUGGCAUUCUUCAUCUUUAAUUUAUGAUUUUUUGUUAAAUUACUGAUAUACAACUUCAGAACUUUCAUUGGACAUAUGAUUUCAUGGUUAAAAAGGUCCAAUGAAAAUCAACGAACAUUAGUGUCCAAUGAUAAAUAUUGGUUUCACAGUGUGUGUUGAGCUUCCUGGUUAUUAUUUCAAGAAGCUAUCAAGCAUCAUUGAAAAUCAUUAUAAGUAGAUUGGUGAUAUAUGAUUGGCACUAAUAAUAAUAGUAUUACAAAGAUAUUUCAUUUUCAACUCAUUUAUGUAUUUAUUUGUAUGACUGUAUUUUUGAGGACGUCUGAGCAACUCCAUUAUAAACUUAUUAUGUAUUUCUUGGUAUGACUGUAUGUAUUUCCUUGUGUGCUUUGUUGAGUUUUGAAUGUGUUUGUAUUGUUUUUGUAAAACAUUUUUGCCCUUCUAAAAAAAGUGUAUUUUUAAUAUAGUAUUGUCACCAUAUUUAAUGCAUAUCAGAUGUGCAUUUUAUGCACUUUUGAAUUUUCCUGUACUUGUUCUGGAUUGUUUACAAAAAAGUGCAUCAAUGAACUUGAAAAUAUAUACUUGAAACACCCUUAAAUUGUACUCCAGCCUACUUAUUUUAGGGUUAAGUGUAUUUUGAAAAGGAGAUAAAAACUUUUUAUGCACUCAAGUGAAAUAAUGCAGGAAAGCAUAGUAUUCUUUUUAUACGCCCGUUUUAAAAAUGGGACGUAUUAUAGUUUCACCUUGGCGGCGGGCGGGCGGCAUCCACAGCAUUGUCCGCUCUCUAAUUCAAAUAGUUUUCAUCCGAUCUUCACCAAACUUGGUUAGAAGUUUUAGCUAGACAAUAUCUAGGUCAAGUUCGAAUAUGGGUUAUGCCAGGUCAAAAACAAGGUCACAGGGUCACUUAGUGCAUUUCAAGCAUUUAGCAUGGGUCCGAUCUCUAAUUGAAGUAGUUUUUAUCCGAUCUUCACAAAACUUGGUCAGAAGUUGUAUCUGGACAAUAUCUAGGUCAAGUUUGAAUAUGGGUCAUGCCGGGUCAAAAACUAGGUCACGGGGUCACUUAGUGGAUUUCAAGCAUUUAGCAUGGCGUCAGCUCUGUAAUAGAAGUAGUUUUCAUCCGAUAAUCACCAUACUUGGUCAGAAGUUGUAUCUAGACAAUAUCUAGGUCAAGUUCGAAUAUGGGUCAUGCAGGGUGAAAAACUAGGUCACAGGGUCACUUAGUGCAUUUCAAGCAUUUAGCAUGGUGUCCGCUCUCCAAUUGAAGUAGUUUUCAUCCGAUCUUCACCAAAUUUGGUCAGAAGAUGUGUCUAGACAAUAUCUAGGUCAAGUUCAAAUAUGGGUCAUGCAGAGUCAAAAACUAGAUCAUGAGGUCACUUAGUGCAUUUCAAGCAUUUAGCAUGGUGUCCGCUCUCUAACUGAAGUAGUUUUCAUCUGAUCUUCACCAAAUUUGGUAAGAAGUUGUGUCUAGAUGAUAUGUAGGUCAAGUUCAAAUAUGGGUCAUGGUAAAGUUAUCAAGUUGUCCAAAACCUUCAAAAGGGCGUAUCUUGUUACAGUUUGGCACUCUUGUUUUCUGUUAAAAGUGAAUUUUUUUUU